UCCGGUUUUGCACACUCUUAAUACUGGUUUGUGUUACGUGAAAGCAACUCAAAUACAACUUGUAGACUUUCUCUAACAAAGCUCAAAUUUUUAGUUUUUGUAUAAAUAUAAAGAAACCAUCCACCAAUCCUUACUAUAACCAAACUUUCAAAGCUCAAUCUUUCGGGUUGUGUCUCUCAAUGGUACUCUUGAUAGAAAAAAUUAGCAAACUCUACUUCAAGCUGGAGAAUCAUCAUCAUCACCACCACCACCACCCCAAAUCUGAAGCUUUAUCAGCUUCAUUGCAGGCUUUUCAGUCUGAUGUUUCCAAUAUCUUGAACCAGUUGUCAUUGAAUUCAAAACCCGGGUCAGAAAUCCUGUCCUUACCAUGGAUUCUACAAUGUUUUGGCCUCUUACCCUCCAUUCAUAGAGCUUUUGCAAAGCUAGUUGUGGAUAUAGACUACCCCAUUAGCAAAUGGGAAGCUGCUUCUGUGGAAGAAUAUCUCAACUACAGCUUGAGUUUGAUGGAGCUUUUCAAUUCCAUGAGUUCUUCUCUUGCAUAUCUUGGACACGCCAGGCUUUCAUUAGCUCAUGCUUUGAGCCUUGUGGAGAACUCACCCUCUUUGGCAAUCGAGCGUCUCAAAGCAAUUCAACCAAGAAGUUUCAACAAGGAUUUCGAAGAAGGUAAAGUUAAGGAAGAUGGGAAAGAAAUGACUUGCAGUGGUGAGGAAAGGAAUAUUCAUCAAGCUUUAACGGUCAUGAAGAGUAUUGGAUUCUGGGUAUGUGGAAUUGUGCUGUCUGGUUUAUGCAGUGAUGGAAAGCCAUACUUGGAAAUGAGAAAAUUGGUUUGUGGGUUGUUGAAUUCUUCAUUUGAUGGAUUUGAUUCAGGUAUAUAUGAGGUUGUUAUGGAGCAAAAGGGUGUCUUGAAGGAGGUAAAAGAGCUGAAUGAUACAGUAGCUUGCUUAAAUGCUGCCUUAGUCGAGGGGGAAAAUAGUGAAGCAACCAAAGAUUUGGAAGGAAAAUUGGAAGCAGCCACAGAUUUGGAAAGAAAAUUGGAGGUCUUUGAGAAACUAUUGGAGAGCAUGCAGAAGGAGGUGGAUCAUCUAUUCUCUGAGGUUUUGGCUGGCAGAAGUAAAUUGCUUGAUUGCCUUAGACCCCAGAAGGAAUAGAGAUAGUUCAUAGUAGUGCUGUUUCCCUUUCUUUCUUUCUUUUUUUUCUUUUUUUUUAAUUGACAGUUGUGUAUUUCCUAUGUAAAAAUCAUAACUUUAGAAUUCUUUUUAUGUUAAUGUAUUCUGUAAUUCUCAUUGUA